AUGGCUUGUAGCGCUUCUUCAAUGACCGUGGAGUCUUACGAGAACGAGGCAUUUGCCUCUGCUACGGCGACCCCCGAUGAGGACACUGGUCUCCGGGAUCGGCGACGCAGACAUUCAUUUCAUGCAUCCAGAAAACUCUCCUGCGACUACCAAGAUGCAGAUGCCGUCUUCAUCAGGGUCGAACUCUUCCUGGCCGAGCUGGAACGUCGUAUGGAGUGGAUCGAGCAGUAUCGGAAAUCCCACAUGGUGCAGGUCGAUGCAAGCCUGAAACGUGGAUAUGCUGCACUUGAGGCCGUGAGAGAGCAGUGCUCACUCACUUCCGGCGAGUUGAUGGGAAGUGGCAAGAAGCGAGCGAAGAUCCUGGUCGAUACCCUCGAGGACCGAUACAAUGACGUCCUGGCAACAAAGGAAACUCUGGAGCAAAAGGCACAAGCCGGAGUGCGAUUGAUGGAGUCUUGUUUGUCCGAACUCGAGAACAGGGCGCAUGCAAUCCAUGAUCGGGGUAUCUACGGUACCCUGGAUGACGGCUGGAAGGCCGUAGACUCGAAGUUGAACCACGCCAAGGAGAUUGUCGACGAGGGUAUGGAGCGAGCCCGUCGCACUCGUGACACCCUCCGUGAGACCGUCGAAGAAGCCAUUCGGUUAGCCCAGGAAAAACGGUUGAUCAACUACGAGGAGCUUCCCCACCCAUGGCGAGUCAACCCGCAUAUCAUCAAGGGCUACCGAUUCACCACCUCCAAGGUGGAGUGCGUUUCCUCUGUUUUCGCUUACUCGAAUGAGAUGUUCAACAUCUGGUCCCAUGUGAUUGGACUUGUCAUCGUCUUGGCCAUUGCCUUCUACUUCUAUCCACUUCACACCAAUUUCCACCUGAGCACCAAGUCCGACAUUGCUAUCGCCGCUGUGUUCUUCUUUGCUGCAUGCAAGUGUUUGGUCUGCAGUACCAUCUGGCACACCAUGAACAGCAUCGCCUCCCAAUCAUUGAUGGAGCGAUUCGCUUGUGUGGACUAUACUGGCAUCUCUAUGUUGGUUGCCGCUUCGAUUGUCACCACCGAAUAUACCGCUUUCUACUGCGAACCCUUCUCCCGGUGGACUUAUAUCCUGCUGACGAUGUCGCUCGGAAUUGGCGGCAUCAUCCUCCCAUGGCACCCAACCUUCAACCGGCACGACAUGGCGUGGGCUCGCGUGGGUUUCUUCGUGACGCUCGCACUCACCGGUUUCUCGCCCAUUGCGCAGCUAUCCUACACCCGUGGCUUCGCAUGGACAAUGUAUUUCUACGCACCAGUCGUGAAAAGCAUCACAGUCUACUUCGUCGGUGCUUGUAUCUAUGCCUCCAAGGUCCCCGAGCGGUGGAAGCCGGGCCUCUUCGACUACGUGGGCGGUAGCCACAAUAUCUGGCACCUCGCUGUCCUGGGUGGUAUCUUUUUCCAUUACCAUGCCAUGCAAGACUUGUUCGCCGGCGCGUUCCUGCGGGCCCAGGGCGAAUGCCCGAACUUGACGACCUGA